AUGGCAUUUCCAAGAGAGGGCUUUGUCAUCGACUAUGUUGCCCGUAUUCUCCGGAGCUCUCUACUUCACCCUCACCUCAUUCUGCCUACCGCAGUGCUUAUAUCGUGCGCCAAGCUAGAAUUCUUCCCAACUCCGAUACCUCGUUUUCCAUUACUGGAGUGGCUGAUAUAUACGCUUGCCGCGCUUACGCUGCUUCUAAGCGCAACAGAAUACCUCAACGACGGCGCAGCCAACAACUGGACACCAUCGGCCACCAUCAACUGGAAAGACGAAGUCAUCGUCGUGACCGGCGGCAGCAGCGGCAUCGGUGCCAGCCUCAUACUCCGUCUUCACGCAGAAAGACCACAGAGCACCAUCGCUGUCGUCGAUUAUAUGCCUCCGACAUGGACGCUUCCUCCUGGUGCCCGGAUCCAUUUCUACCAAUGCGACCUUAGCGACGCAUCUCUCAUCAAAGACCUCUGCCACCGCAUACGUGCAGACAUCGGGCACCCAACGAUGCUCAUCAACAACGCAGGCAUAUGCCGAGGCUCUACCGUAGCCGACGGCUCGUACAGCGACGUCACGCUGACCAUCAACACGAACCUCGUCGCCCCGUUCCUGCUCUGCAAGGAGUUUCUGCCCGAGAUGAUUCGAAGGGAUCACGGCCACAUUGUCAACGUUGCGUCCAUGAGCGCGCUGCUGCCUCCUGGCAAGAUUGCCGACUAUGCUGCGACCAAGGCAGGCUUGAUCGCCCUACAUGAGGUAGUCCCGGGUUGCGCCCUCCAGCUGGAACUCCGCCACGACCAUCCCGCGCCGCGGGUUCGCCUUUCGCUUGCCAUCUUCAGCUUUAUCAAGACGCCGCUCUUCAAAGGCGAGACGAGGCAGCUGCACUUUUUGUUUCCGCUAUUGGACGUCGAGACUGUCAGCCAAGCCAUUGCUGGCGCGCUGUACAGCGGCCGUAGUCGCACGAUAUAUCUGCCUGGCAUGAUGCGAUGGGUUGCUAUCCUGAGAGGUGGCCCCGAAUGGAUGUGGCAUCUGAUUCGAGAUAGUACGAAAGACUUGGGCGUGGACUUCAAUGGCUCUAACAAGUCUUCAGCUUGGCGAGGCUCAUGCCGGCUCUAG